CAGUAGAGCAGGAGAGUGAGAGGGUUAGAUCGAGAAGCGAGCAAGAUGAUGUCGCCAAGAAUUCAGAUUCCGAUAAGCAUCGGCGGGAGCAGGACGAUGAUGUCGCCGAAGCAGCUGCUGAUCACCAUCCUCGUCGUCUUCUCCACGCUCUCCUUCAUCAAGUUCCUCCUCAUCACCCACCCCUCCGCCGGCGCCUCCUCGUCCGCUCAUCUCCACCGCGCGGAGUGGGAGUCCGGCAACGGCACCGCCGCCAGGAACGACGGCCUCGCGGCCAAAGAGUUCGCUUUGCUCCGCUCCGUCGUCGCCGCGCGCGCGCCGUGCAGGCUGCUGGUGUUCGGCCUCUCGCCGCAGCUCCUCGCGCUCGCCGCGGUCAACUCCGGGCCAGGCGCCGCCACCGCCUUCGUCACCGACAGCGCCGAGGACGGGGACGCCGCGCGCCGCGUGCUCGCUGGCCGUGUCGGCGGCUCUUCGUCCGCCGUCCACCGGGCCGGGUACCCCGACGCGGCCGGGGAGGCGUGGGCGCUACUGCGGCGCGCGCGGGCGGCGGGCCCGGCGUGCGCGCGGCCGACGGGGACGGUGCGCAAGUCUGGGUGCCGGCUCGCGCUGACCUCGCUGCCUCGGGAGGUGCUUGACGCCAGGUGGGACGUCGUCGUCAUCGACGGGCCGAGCGGGGCCGCGCCCGAGGAGCCAGGGCGAAUGGGCGCCAUCUACACGGCGGCCGCACUCGCCCGCGCGGCCGCCGCGGCUGGUGGCGGCAGGGUGGUGGACGUGGCGGUGCACGACAUGGAUCGGACCGUGGAGCGCUGGUACGCCAGGGAGUACCUCUGCGAGGACAACCUCGUCGCCGCCAAAGGCCGCCUCUGGCACUUCCGUGUCGGCGCCGGCGGGCAACGGGACGCCUUCUGCUCCACCGCUCCCGUCAAGAUCUUGUAGGGACAGAAUCAAAGGUUGCCAUAUCUGGGCGUCGCCGGAGGCACUGCUGUCGUAGGAGGUCAAUGCAUACAUACAAAUUGAUAGUCGCUGAAACCUCUGCCCUUGGCAUCACCGGAGACAUGAGCAAUUCUCGGAAAUUCCUGGAGCUCGAAGCUCGGUGCUGGGGCGAUUGGAUGUUCCAUGCUCAUAUAGAUAAUAGGAUGAAGCUGAUACUUGGACGAUGGAAGAUAGUCUGUACACUGGUAAGCUGAAUUGUUCUCUGUUCCAUUGUUUGUAACAGAAGGAUAACAAACAACAAUCUUUGUUUGUAAAGAGGAAACAACACUUACAAGCUUUCUAACUUUUCUAA